GAGUGGUGAUUAACUCGUAAAGACGGUUGUUUUCCUGCGUUCUCAUUUGCUUCUCAUUCACCUAGAAGAUCUUGAUAAUUAGCACGAUCACACAAACCGCAUCGGCAAAUAUCCUCGCUGCACCCACAAUAUAAAGCGGACUGUUCUGUGUUAGAAGGCCAGUCGGGGCGACGCUUAGCUUUUGAUACUAAAUAUCUGCGGUUCGGCAGGGUCUGUUGGAAGAUUUUAGGUUUUUCAAAACGUCACAAAAACGGUUUAAAUAAGAGAGAGGUGAAAGUGAGCUGAGUGUAACGUAGGUCAAUAUGUGAAGAUGGAUUCAAGCCUGACCGGACCUGUCAUCUGACAUCUGGGUGACACUUCAUCCCCGUGAACAGAAAAGUAUCACUGUGCUGCCAAAAGUAUCAGAACGAGAUGAUUACAUGCUUCUUUUUAUGACGUAACAGCUAUAACAUUACGGAAGAUUUAUUAACAAAAUUUAAUUCGAGUAGUAUAUUUCUACAUUCGUUUUCAAAACGGAUCUAUUUGCAGAGUGCUGUAAAAUGAAGACUGCUUUUGUGUUCAUCGUCAUCUUGGGCGCGACCUUUGCCAUACCAGGCCGAGGAGAUUCUGAUGAAGAAGACGUAGAACCUGGCGGCAAAGUGGAAAGUGAAGAUAGUGGACAGACAGAGAACGACAGAAAGGACAGUGGCGAAGCCAAUGACAGUGAUGGGGAUGCCAGUGACUGUGAUGGGGAUGCCAGUGACGUUGAUGGUGAUGCCAGUGACAGUGAUGGAGAUGCCAGUGAAGGUGGAAUCAGUGAUGAGGAUAAGAGUAAUGAAACUGAGAGUGAGGGGAAUGAAAAAAUAAAAGGCAGAGAGGCAGAUGAAGGCAGGAAUAACAUCCAUGUAGGGGAAGAAGAGACUGAGGAGAAGAGAAAUGGCAUGGAGGUGGACAGCAAUGAUGAAGCAGAUGAAGAAAAUGACACAGAAAGAACUGAUGAAGAUGGAGAUGAUAAUGAAAUGGGUGAAAAACGUCAAGAAAAUGGUGCCGAUGCAAAGAGAAAUAAAACAGAGGAAGAUAGUGAUGGUGUAGAAGAUACUACCAAGGUUCGGGAGAAGGUGGAGGAUACGAACACGACUGGAGACUGCCAAGUGACACAACAGGACAAGCAAGGUGGGAAGAGUGACACGGAUGGUGGAGACAGUGAUGUGGAAGAGAGACAGGAAAGUGAAGGAGAUGGAGACAGUGGAGACACUAGGGAUGAAAAUGGAGACGAGGAAAGUGAGGAAGCGAAGGGGAAUCUUGAAGUUCACUUUGAAGGUGACGGGGCUGAGCACAGUGUUGGUGUUGAAGCCAAUGAUGAUGGAGAGACUGUUGUGGAAGACAGAGGAGGAAUCACCCCUGUUCAUGGUGGAGACACUGAGGAAGACAGUGAAGAUGACGAUGAUGAAGUGAACCGUGAAGACCAAGAUGAUGGGGAGAUAGGGGAAGAUGAAAAUGAAGACGGUCAAGAAGGAAACACCGAGGGAGUAAAUGAAGGUGAAAAGAGUGAGGAGAGCAGUGAGGAAGAGGAGGGUGAUUCUGAAGAUACUGGGGAGUAGGCGCAGAAAGUGGUCCUGCUGUAGAAGAUCAGUGUCAGGUAUGACACAGGAACAUGAAGUUAGAGAUCUCCAGAUGAAUCUGAGAGGAGAUGGUCAAGAACACGCUGCAGGUACCCAGGCCAAUGACCCGAGCUGUGACUUCAUGGCAGAAUUAUUGGGAUUCAAUAUGGCAAACACAUGGUGUGGGCAGGAAGACGGAUGUAGCAGACAGAAUGCCUUUUAUCAAGAAGUUAUUUCACGUCAGUUUGCUUAGCGAUGAAAAUCACUUUGUUGUCAAACCCCACAUGGUUAAAAGCUGAAGGUCCAUGAACAUACUGGUGUAUCAUAGCAAUGAUGUCCUGUGACGACCAAUAUGUCAAUAGAUUAACUUGACAGAUUAAAUUACAUCUUUCAGCUUCUCCUGUGAUUAAAACUGCACACUCUCAUCAUCGCUGUAUCUCUACUUUAUCGGCAGCCUGCUUUUUGUUUCUUUUGUUCAGCAGCUUUGGGAUUGAUCUGAAAAACACACCUGUAAUGGAUGCGGAACUGAUUUUAAAAAAUAA